AUGACUGCGAAGAGGAACCUGUUUGUGCGGCUGGUGCCGUGCCGGUGUUUGCGGGGAGAGGAAGAAACUGUGACCUCGCUUGACUACUCUCACUGCAGCCUGGAACAGGUGCCGAAAGAGAUUUUCACAUUCGAGAAAACCUUGGAGGAGCUUUAUUUGGAUGCCAACCAGAUUGAAGAACUUCCCAAGCAACUAUUCAACUGCCAGUCUCUGCACAAGUUGAGUUUGCCAGACAAUGACCUAACAAUAUUGCCAGCAUCUAUAGCAAAUCUCAUUAAUCUCAGGGAACUAGAUGUCAGCAAGAAUGGGAUACAGGAGUUUCCAGAAAAUAUUAAGAACUGUAAAGUUUUGACAAUCGUCGAAGCAAGCGUCAAUCCAAUUUCCAAACUUCCAGAUGGGUUUUCACAGCUGUUAAACUUGACUCAGUUAUACCUAAAUGAUGCUUUCCUUGACUUCUUGCCAGCUAAUUUUGGCAGGUUGACAAAACUUCAAAUUCUGGAGCUUCGGGAAAACCAGUUGAAAAUGUUACCAAAAACCAUGAAUAGGCUGACGCAGCUUGAGAGACUGGAUCUCGGAAGUAAUGAAUUCACAGAAGUGCCUGAAGUACUUGAACAACUAAGCGGUCUAAAGGAAUUCUGGAUGGAUGGCAAUAGACUAACAUAUAUCCCAGGGUUUCUUGGAAGUCUGAAACAACUGACUUACUUGGACCUUUCAAAGAACAACAUAGAAAUGGUGGAAGAUGGCAUCGCUGGGUGUGAAAGUUUACAAGAUUUGCUGCUGUCCAGCAAUGCCAUUCAGCAAUUACCAGAGUCUAUUGGUGCACUGAAGAAUUUGACCACUCUGAAAGUGGAUGAAAACCAGCUCAUGUAUUUACCAGAUUCUAUUGGAGGGCUUGUUUCCCUAGAAGAGCUGGACUGCAGUUUCAAUGAAGUUGAAGCAUUACCUUCCUCAAUAGGGCAAUUUUCCCAGAUACGAACAUUUGCUGCUGAUCACAACUUUCUGGCACAGCUUCCCCCAGAGAUUGGAAACUGGAAAAACACCACUGUGUUAUUCUUGCAUUCAAACAAAUUGGAGUCCCUCCCUGAGGAAAUGGGCGAUAUGCAGAAACUCAAGGUCAUUAAUCUGAGUGACAACAAGCUAAAGAAUUUGCCCUUUAGCUUCACAAGACUGCAGCAGCUCACAGCUAUGUGGCUGUCAGAUAAUCAGUCGAAGCCCCUCAUACCACUGCAGAAGGAGACUGAUCCGGAUUCUCAGAAAACAGUUCUAACUAACUAUAUGUUCCCUCAACAACCGCGAACGGAUGAAGUUAUCUUCUCCUCUGACAAUGAGAGUUUCAACCCCUCUUUGUGGGAAGAACAGCGGAAACAGAGGGCUCAGGUUGCCUUUGAGUGUGAUGAAGACAAGGAUGAGAGAGAAGCUCCAGCACGGGAAGGAAACUUGAAGAGGUACCCAACCCCAUACCCAGAUGAGUUGAAGAACAUGGUCAAAACAGUUCAGACUAUUGUACACCGGUUGAAAGAAGAAGAGAAAGGCGAGGAGGCCAAUAAAGAGCCAAAGCAGAAUGAAGUACAACCUCUCCUAAAGGACCCGGUGGUGAAGACACCGGAGUCUGCUCCAACUAAACCCGAGGAUGAAGAAAAGGAAAAGCUCCAUGUCGGGAACUGCAUACAGAAAGCAAGUGAUCCAGAAACUCAAAAUAGCAUUGAAAAUUCACAGCCGAAUAACCUUGUUAAAAAUUUCUGGAAUGCAAAAACCAUUGUCAACCACGAUGAGACACUUGAGGAAUCAGAAGAUUUGUCGUGUGAUGAAGAGAUGAAGAUGGCUGAAAUGCGGCCGCCGCUUAUAGAGACUUCCAUGAAUCAACCGAAAGUGGUGGCACUGAGCAACAACAAGAAAGAUGAUAUUAAAGAUGCAGACUCUUUAUCGGAUGAAAUGACCCAAAACAGCAAUCAGAACAACAGUAAUUGUUCCUCACCAUCCCGUAUGUCAGACUCUGUCUCAUUGAACACUGUCAGCAGCCAUGAUACUUCCCUGUGCUCGCCAGAAAAGGAAUCCAGAAUUGCAAUGAGCAUAAAAUUAAGGUCUGUAUGCAAUAUUGAUACUAUUAUGCCACAAGAAGAUGAAAACUUGAACAACCUUUUGCAUAAUGGGGGAAAAUUGAAUGCUGCUGAUGAAAGAGAGAUUACUGAGAUCCCAUCACUGGACAGUGAAGAGAACUUGGUUCAAGAGAAGAAGGUCAAUAAUACCGACAAACCACACAACUUGAACCAAAUCAACAUAAACAAUAACCUUACAAAUGAUGAAAGCUUGCAUUCGGAUACUCCAAAGAGGCAGCUUAUCUCACAGGAAUUGAGGUCUGGAGAGGCAUUUUCAAACAAUAAUGAGAAACAAGAGGUUGAACCGCUGGAAAACAGGAAGGCCUACCCCAAUAUGUGUGCAAUGAAUAAAGUUAAUGGACACUCUGCAGAUGAGGAUAUGUCUCCAGAUAUGAGUGAGCCUGUCAGGAGCGCGUCAGAGGAUUCAGUGCCUUCUUUUGACAUGUGUGUUUCAAAGAGCACAGAUGAUUUGUUUCCACAGAUGGGAGAGCCUGCAGGCCCAGUUGUGAAAUCUCACAGCAUAACCAAUAUUGAGAUGGGAGAGCUAAGGAUCUAUGACAUCCUGAGUGACAGCGGCUCUCUGCAGCCAUCGUAUGUUGGCAAGAUGGCAGCAGCAAGUGGUGAAGGACAGAAUAUUGUUAGGAGCAAGUCAGCAAAUUUGCUGUAUGAUCAGCCUUUGCAGGUGUUCUCUAGUUCGUCUUCCUCAUCGGAUCUGGUAUCCACAGGAAAGAAAACUGUGUUCAAGUUUGAUUCCAACCACAACCCUGAGGGACCAUACUCAAUGAGAGGUCCUCCAGGGCCCCAAAUGUCUGCUGUGCCUCAGUAUAAUGUUCAGUACAGUAGCGGUAGUGCUGCAGCCAAAGACAAUUUGUGGAAUCAGAAACAAAUAGCCUCAAUGGAUCAAGGAGCCUUACCUCCUCCACGCUUCCAUAUGUCUGACAGCGUAGAUAGCCCAAGUUACAUCAAACACUCUGCCAAUAUGAACUUUUCUAAUCAUAACAACGUGAGGGCCAGUAACAUGUAUGGUGUGCACCAGAGGAUGGGACCAAGGCACGUGGAGGCAUGGGCAAUGUCUCCGAAUGAUCGGCUCCACCAGGGAGUAAGCCGUAACACGCUGCAGAGACAGGGCAGCGUUUCAUCUAAUGCUUCUAUGUCCCUGGGUGACACAGGACCUGCAAGGAGGAUUGUUGUACCUGAAGGGGACUACAUGACUUACAGGGACAUACAUUCAAUGGGCAGACCUCCACAGUUGAUACCAGGCCCACAGAGACCGCUCUCAGCCAGGACAUAUAGCAUUGAUGGUCCCAAUGUGCCCAGACCACAGAGUGCACGGCCUUCCGUUAAUGAUAUUCCUGAGAGAACAAUGUCUGUCAGUGAUUUUAACUACCCUCGGACUAGUCCCAAAAAGCCAAAUGCUAGGGUUAGUUCCGAGCACUCCUUACUGGACCCCCCAGGCAGGAGUAAGGUACCUCAUGAUUGGAGGGAGCAGGUCUUGCGGCACAUAGAGGCGAAAAAGCUUGAGAAGACAGCACCCGACCACCGCAGCACAGGAGAGCCUGCACAGGAUGAUGUGUUUGGGCCCGGACAGCAAAAUUAUGCCACCUUGCUUCACAAAGAGAAUUCUACUGAUGGUGCAAAAAAGAUGCAUAUGAGCAAUGGACAAAUGUGCCCACCAUCAAGAACUCAGAGCAACUUUAGCCAGCUCCAUCAUCACUCUGCCCAGCCAUCAAUGGUAAGAAGAUCUCCACUCCAUUGA